GAAGGAGCGGGCAGAGCCUGUGGGACCGUCCUGCCGCUGUGAGCGGGCGGGCGUUUGCUGCCGUGCCCGUUGGGCGCCGGGAAGCAGUCCAGCUCCUUGCGGGUAGGGGGGGGGGGGGGGAAUAAAACUGUGUGAGAAAUCAAACUGUACGGAACCAAGGAAGAUGUGAGCGCCGUCUCUGAGAACGUGUGCUCUUCAUGUCUGGUGCGCAGGGGGGUUGAAAUGGACACCAGUUUGACGUGCGCGGCUGUAGAUACACAUCGGUACGUCAGUGGAGAAACAAACGGUCAGUUGGUGUUAGCAGAUACACGAAGGGAGUUCAGGUGUGUUUGAGGAGCAGUUACGCAGGGCUCGGAACGGCAGCAAUUCUGCUUGUACCAUGGCCGAGCCAAAGUCAGUGUGUGUUUCGGUGGAUGAAGUGGUCUCAAAUGGCACAGAUAACCAAGAUGUUCGACUGAUGAAUGGACAUUUAAAAAAAGUGGACAAUACUCUGACAGAAGCUCAUCGUUUCUCCUACCUACCCCGCAGACCAGCUGUGAAUAUUGAGUUUAAAGAACUGUCAUACUCUAUCCAAGAAGGGCCAUGGUGGAGGAAGAAAGGUUAUAAGACUCUUUUGAAAGGAAUUUCAGGGAAGUUCAGCAGUGGAGAACUUGUUGCAAUUAUGGGUCCUUCAGGAGCUGGGAAGUCAACACUCAUGAACAUUCUGGCAGGAUAUAGAGAGACAGGCAUGAAAGGAGAAAUUCUCAUCAAUGGACAGCCUCGUGACCUGCGCUCUUUUCGCAAAGUCUCCUGCUACAUCAUGCAAGAUGACAUGCUCCUUCCUCAUCUGACUGUCCAAGAAGCUAUGAUGGUAUCUGCUCAUCUGAAACUUCAAGAGAAAGAUGAAGGCAGGAGAGAAAUGGUAAAGGAAAUACUGACAGCCCUCGGUUUGCUGACAUGUGCUAAUACGAGGACUGGGAGUCUUUCUGGAGGCCAGAGAAAGCGUCUUGCCAUUGCUUUGGAGCUGGUGAACAAUCCUCCUGUCAUGUUUUUUGAUGAACCAACCAGUGGCUUGGAUAGUGCAUCAUGUUUUCAGGUUGUCUCUCUGAUGAAGGCUUUAGCCCAGGGUGGCAGGUCGAUCAUCUGCACGAUUCACCAGCCCAGUGCUAAACUGUUCGAGUUGUUUGAUCAGCUCUAUGUUUUAAGUCAAGGACAAUGCAUUUACCGUGGGAAGGUAUUAAACCUAGUCCCUUACUUGAGAGAUUUGGGUUUGAAUUGCCCAACCUACCACAAUCCAGCAGAUUUUGUUAUGGAAGUAGCAUCUGGUGAAUAUGGAGACCAGAACGGCCGGCUAGUAAGGGCGGUACGGGAGAGGAUAUGUGACACAGACUACAAGAGAGAUGUUGGUGGUGAGAAUGAGUUGAAUCCCUUCCUCUGGCACCGGCCUUCUGAAGAGGAUUCCUCCUCCACAGAAGGCUGCCACAGCUUCUCUGCCAGCUGCCUAACCCAGUUCUGUAUCCUCUUCAAAAGAACUUUUCUCACCAUCAUGAGGGAUUCGGUUCUGACACACUUGCGUAUCACCUCACACAUUGGCAUUGGACUGCUCAUCGGCUUACUCUACUUAGGCAUUGGCAAUGAAGCUAAGAAAGUCCUCAGCAACUCUGGCUUUCUCUUUUUUUCCAUGUUGUUUCUUAUGUUUGCUGCGCUCAUGCCAACUGUCCUUACAUUUCCUCUUGAGAUGGGAGUAUUUCUCAGAGAGCAUCUGAACUACUGGUACAGCCUGAAAGCCUAUUAUCUCGCCAAAACCAUGGCUGAUGUUCCUUUUCAGAUUAUGUUUCCUGUGGCUUACUGCAGCAUUGUGUACUGGAUGACUUCACAGCCAUCUGAUGCACUCCGAUUUGUCCUCUUCGCAGCCUUGGGAACCAUGACAUCCCUGGUGGCUCAGUCACUUGGUCUUCUCAUAGGUGCAGCCUCUACAUCCCUUCAGGUGGCCACUUUUGUGGGCCCAGUUACUGCCAUCCCGGUGCUUCUGUUCUCUGGGUUUUUUGUCAGCUUUGAUACCAUCCCAACAUACCUCCAGUGGAUGUCCUACAUUUCCUAUGUCAGAUAUGGGUUUGAAGGAGUUAUUCUCUCCAUCUAUGGACUGGAUAGAGAAGAUUUGCAUUGUGACAAAGAUGACACUUGCCAUUUUCAAAAAUCAGAGGCCAUUCUGAGAGAACUGGAUGUAGAAAAUGCCAAACUUUACCUGGACUUCAUUGUUCUUGGAAUUUUCUUCUUCUCUCUGCGCCUAAUUGCCUAUUUUGUUCUCAGAUACAAAAUCCGAGCAGAGAGGUAAAGGAAAAAUGGCUAAAAUGAUGCAGUAGGAAGAUCUUUAGACAUGCAGUAGAGGGCACUUGACAUUGUCUCACUGUGGCAGGCCGGUCUUCAGUGCCCAGCUAGAUGCUGUUAGGACCUAGCCCAUAGAGAACCACAAUGGGAUAGUGGACAUAUAGUGUUAAGCCAAUCAGUCCAGUUGGGUUGGGUCAUGUUUUCAUUACACUUUCUAGCUUUAACUAGGAAGAAGAAAUAGAAGGGAAUUUUACACCACAGAGUAUCAAUACCAAGGCAGUGUAACUGUAAUAAAAAACCUGGCUGCAGGAACUUUCAUUAUGAAAACCAAUUUCGUGGUAAGGUCACUAGGAUACUAGUCCUGGUAGCCAGAAUAGUAUAAUGUCACCUAUAGUUGACAAGGUAAUGAGAUGGGGAAAAUGGGAAAUGCAAAGAAAAUAGGAUUCUCUCAUCCUUUUAAAUUCAGAGUUUCAUCUUUGCAGUUUUCUAUGUAUUAUUUUGCAAUUCUUUUCCACAGAACUACCCCUUCUGGCCAAAAGUCUGUAAAUGUAUUAAUUAAUAAGUUAAAGAUAUCUUUUUAAUAUGGAUACUUUUUUAAAACAAACCUAAAGUGAUUCAAGUCAUUAUUUUUGUUUCUGUCUAAAUUUAGAAUUCUGGUGCUUUACUUGUCGAGCUGGUCUCAUAUCUGAAAACUGUAAUGAUAGCAGGAAAAGGCAGAUUCUGAGUCUGCACUAAACCUGUGGUCCAUAUUUGGAAGCAUCAGUAGAUAGCACAGGCAGUCAGACAUGUUCAAGCUGUCGCUGAAUGAUUGAAAAAAUGUUCUUUUAAAUCCUCAAUAUUUGUGACAUUUAAAAUGCUAACUCUGCUCAUUAUCUGUUUGAUCUACCUCCUGCGAAUGAAAAAAUUGAAGCACUCCAAGGCUCAUUUUUGAUAAUAUGUGAAAGCAGAAUCUAUCCCUAAAGCCUGAGCGAUUGUUAAAGCCUGAUGGAGUGCCAGAGCUAUCCACAGCUCAAAGCUUGGGGGAUUGUGUUAAAACACUUGUAACUGCCUCAUAUGGCAGUGUUCAUUAUAUCUGCAACAUGCUACAUGUAGAACUGUCCUCAAAAUAUGAAAAUGACCUUGUAAUCCUGCAGGCCUAAUUAUGCCAAGCAGUUUUGUUCUCAUCCUGAAGUCUACAUGCACAACAUGGAAAUAAUAGCUAAUUGAUCUAAACACCAAUGAAACCGUUGAAAGAAGCAUGCAUUUAUUUUGCGUAUCUCACCUUUGUAAACCUGGCAGGGGGAAUUCUGGUUCCAAGUUGAUGUGAAUUUUGUCACUGAUUUUCAUGGGUUUGGAUUUUCAACCCAAAAUGAAGCUGUGGGGCUCAUACUCAUGUUGGACACCUUGGUGAACUUCUGUGUGAAUUCCACUACCUUCUGCCAUUACUGUGCAUUUACCUUAGUGUCACAGACCCACAAAUUCUAUAAAUGCAUUAUUCCUACCAGGAUGCUGAAGUCUUGUAGAUUGGAAGCAGCUCAAUGUCAGCAAACUGUUCAGGAGCUCAGCAGCUUAUGACAGUAGAGCAGAUGAAGAGAGACCUUGCGCAUCUGCUGGCCAUCAGCAGUCACAAUUCACAGACUGUUUUUGAACACUCCAUGCCUACAUCUAUACUAGUAAACUAAAUAGUGCCAGGGCCAGCUCUGUUAGGCCUCAGGCAACUGGGGCUAAUACAAAUGGUCCCUGUACUGUACUAACUUCUAAACAGAGCCCAAACAUUGUCUGGAAAAGCUCUGGCUGUGCUGGGCUGCAGCUCUGCCAUUUAGCAGUGAAGACAAUUGUUUCCCAGUUUUCCUGGCCCGUGCGCAGGCUCUGCUUAAUUUACCAAUACAGACAUAGACUGCGUGUAUCUGUUAAACUCAGGACACUUGAGUUAGGCCCGUGUUCUGGAAGACUUUAAGUCAAGUCACAUGUUUUAGGAAGGUUAGCUCAACUUUCCCUGAAAAUAAGAUUGACCUGUGAAAGCAAGGUCAAUCUUUACUGUAGAAGAAAAAAAAAUCCUUACACAACCUCUUUGCAUAGUUUUUUUCCCCAAAAGCUUUUAUACAGCUCUGGAGCUUUUCCAGGCAUAAUCACAAGCAGGUAUGGACCUCUAUGGCUGUCACAUAUGAGAAAUUAAGAAUUUUGGCUAUUCUAAGUAAUACUCAUAAUUGUGAACAGUUUUUAAAUAAGUCACAAGCUGAAAUCCCUUGGCACAAUGUGCCUUGAUUAUUUCAAGAUUCUCAAAAUAUUUGUGAAUGUUACAGGCGGUUCAAAUGCUGUUUGCAAGCAGACGAAGGACUACAUUUGCCAAAUUACUCUUCUGUUGCACGCUGCUGGUCCAGCUGUAGGCUAGCUGAGUAUGAAAGAGUGUGACACCCGUGGCAUUAAAUACCUUCAGGGUUCCUCGUUCGUGUUUACCAACACCAUUUACCAAAUACCACAUUGAAAAUCCAUUGCAGUGUACCAAAUGAAGUAACUUUGCUGACAUUCCAACACUGUUAACUUACACGAUGACAAUGCUGUGUUCUCCUGUCUAGAUCAGUUUAGCAGUAUGAGUUCCUUGGAUACUGUCUUGUUAUCUGUGCCCAUUCCUCUGUUUGUAGACUUUCUUAUUUUAUCUCUAGUCUGUAAUAUGUUCUCUCGUACUGUAACUUUGCAUUGUAUUGUGGUAGCCAAAAGUCUGGUCCUCCAUGGGUGUUCCUAAGAAAAUGCAUGCUCUGGAAUAUUUUUUGUCACUCCUUUUUUUGUUAGAUACACUUUUUCCCAGCCAUCUGCUGGCAGCAUUUAGCUGAAAGCUGCUAUUCUAAGGAAUACUUUAAGACUGUAGUAUCCCAGUAAAGAAAGAAAUUAAUUAUCUUGAAACUCAGUCCUACACAUAAAGGAGAUAAUCAUUCUUUCCCUCCUUAGCUCUAAAAUUAACUAAUGAUAUCUCCUUUGUCAUUACUGUGGGACAGAAGUAUUUAAAGUCCAUCCCAAUUAUGUUUUCAUAUACUGCAAAGAUUUUUAACAUAGUCUCAGCUUGACUUUUUUCUAUUUAUGUGGAAAUAAAUCCUAACAGGCUAGUAUAAAAUGCAUUCCCAGGUUAAUGGACUGAGCAUGCAUGUGCUGUAGUGUUAAGCAAGCACAUUGUGAAGCACUGGAGGCUUCAUGUGGAAGAAUAACGAGGCCAGCAAGAUUCUAAAGACGUCAAAUCCUCAAUUUAUAUAGCCAUAAACUGAUUGAAAUCAAUGCCAUUAUUACCAUUUGAACGAGUCACAAUAUGGCUAAAAGUUGCUUAAGAGGCUAAAGCUUUUUAAAGGUCUCUUGAAGACUGAAUGUAUGAUUUCUGUUGGGAUUGCAGGAAGACUUUAGUGUUCUGUUGGCCUUCUUGUUUUAUUUCGACUUGUUUUGACAUGUUGCUUUGGUUACUAUGUGCAUCAGUUAAGACUUUAGGUGCUUCAGAUGGUUUUUUGUUGUUUUUCUUUGUGGAAACUUGCAUAUAAUCUGAAAAACCCUGAAAGUUUUUAAAAAGAACUUAAAACAUUAUUAUUUACAAUUAAAUAAAAGAUUUGGAAAGCAGAUUCUACUCACAUAAGAAACUGAGAAAAUUUCGUCUUUAUGGAUCAAAGGCAGUAACAGAAGAAUAUCUGGUGCUGAAAUCCUGUUCACUUCUUAAUAUUUGGAGCCCAAGAUAUCUUUUUUUCAUUAAAGGAGAGGAAUAUAUGUACACAUAAUAGGGAGAGCUGGUUAUGUAAGUGGGAGAUAAUGAACACUUGAGUCCAAAUACUGGAUGUAUCAGGUGACUGACAUUUCGAUCUACUCUUCUGUCAAAGUCUGUUGUCAACAGAAAUGAAUGUUUCAUUAAACAUUUGUUUCUGGAAAAAAUGGUGAUACAUACUGACCUGUACCAUCCCAGUGAUCCUUACAGAGGAGGUCCUGUCUGUCCUAUUUACUCAACACUAGAUGUAGGUUUUUGACUCUUAAUGGGAUCCAACAAAGUGCUUAAGUGUCUUAAUAACUUCUUACAUCUGCAUUGUCUCAUGUGAAUCAAAGGAACAACUAACGUCUUUAAAAUAAAGUCCAGGCUUAAGUGCUUUGCUGGGUGAGGGCUGUAUGGCACAGGAAGACUGAGAUGUUGGCUGUCUAAACGGACUCGGAGACUAUACUGAAAAGUCCAUUUGCUUUGAAUUAGUCUCUAGGAGAUUACACCUUUACAGUGAUCUUGAAUUAAUCUUUUUGAAUCACAAAAUACUUUGUGGGGAAGAGGAGAAUGAAAAUCAAGCAUGGAGAUGAGCAUAUAUUUUUCUGUAUACUUACUGUUGCUUUGCAUAAUUGCUUUUGUUAUCUGCAUAGUUUUGGUAAGGAAAAAUGAACUUUCUAUUUUUUUUUUCUUUCUGUACCAGAAAUGCCGAUCGAGGACUGCUUUGCAUUUGAACAACGUCAGCAUUUAUUUUUACUUUCCAAAGUAAGCAGGAAGGGAUUUUAAUUAAUUAUUUUUCAGUGAUAACUUUUAUUGGAAUAUGAUUUUAUUCUUUUGUCUCCUGCUCUGUGAUGAUCAUAUUCAGGAACGAUAACAAAGGGCAGAGAGAAAAACUUAAGGUGCACUGAUGAUGUUUCCAAACAGAGCUCCUCAGAAAUGUGUGUGAGGACGGUGCAAAUGGCAUGUGUACCUUUCUGCAGCCUGCUGCACCUUCUUCCACAUUGCCUUUGCUCACCGAGCUUCAGGUCCAGUCUCUUUUGGUGGCUGUGUGGGAGAGAGGAUCAUGCGUGUUUGUCCUGUAUAAUGCAGGAGAGCCCCGCAGCUCUGCAGGUUGGUUAUCAGCUCCUUCAUUGGGGUCAAGUUAGUUCUGUGGGGAGUUUUUGAUACCUGUGGGAUCUGCUCUGAUGCUCCUUGAUCUAAGUGCAGCAGAAGCUGGCUUGGAGUCUUCUUCACAGGGGUUCAGCACAGCAUUUUCUGGCCCAGUCUGGCUCUGGCUCUACUCUGGUGUAUCCUCAUUCAGGGAGGAUUUUGAAGUCCAUCAGCUGUCAUGGGUUGAGUGGGAUGUAAGGACAAGCUUGAAUGCUUUCCCAAACAGAACAGUUGUCUUGGCCUGUGCUUGUUUUGGGCCAAGCUUUGUGAGUUAGUAUGAACACGGUUGAAAAGGACAUCAGUUGCUGGAGUAGCAGCGAGGCAGCGCUUCUUUCUGAAUGCAUGGGUAGAGCUCAGGGUGCAGGUGGCCAGCCACAGCAUUGGCCUACUUGUUGGGAUCCAGGUGUGGAGUAAGAGGAAAUUACACGCAUGCUGCUUUUAACUAUGGAUACUGUGAUUCGGCCAAUGAAAUUAAAAUUCUUUUUAAUUUUCAUCAGCUGGAUAGUGGUUUUGGAGAUAGUUUAUCUCACAGAACCAUAGCUGUCUAAAAAUGAGGGGCCCAGUCUAAGUUAAUCAUCUACUUUUCUCUGUAAUAAAAGGAAAGAAAUGUCCAUCUCCAGGACAAAUGGACCUGAGGUACUUCCAUAAUUCCUUGAGGUACGUAUUUUUCCUAGUGACUUGAAUUCUGGCCCAUACAGUGAGUUUUAUUAUAGCAGUUGCCACAUUUGAAGUCAUGCCUGUUCCCAGGAGGGUUCAGGGCAAUGUCAGCUGGAGAAGGACUGGAUCCUCUUUUUGCCAGUGUGGUUUCAGUUUUUGCAACAGCCGUGAAGUGGAUAAAUUGAAAUGUUAGCAGUGUAAUUCAGCUUUCCGGACUUACUGAGCUGUAGUUUACACAUUUCUUCUGGUUUCCCAAGCUCCUUCUCUAGUUAAUGCGGACUAGCUAGGCAGCUACAGAGGCAAUUCUUCACACUGAACUUAGCAUCUCCUUUGUGGUCUUUCCUAGGCGUGUGUUUUGGGCACUGGCAGAAGAUUGGGAAUUAGGUAAUGUGACAAAAAAGUAUUGUUUGCUCUCAGGGAGGUACAUAACUCUUGCACUGAGUAUCGAGGGAGCCUAGGAAGGUACCUUAGAUGGUCUGCCUAUCUGCUCUGGACACAUCAAGUUAGAGGAGAUGAGCCCCUGUACGUUGCAACUUCAGAGCUUAAAGCUUUGGUGCUUAGGCCUUUGGAGCUGGAAGUUCAAGCAAUUCCUUGCUAAAAUGGAAACUUGUUAAAACUGAUCUUGCAUUGUGGGUACCAUAGGACACUUAACAAGUAGAUGUGGUGUUUGAAGUUACCUUGUUUCUGUAGCCCUACUGUAAGUUAGAAAAGGUCUGGACUUCACCCUGAACUCUGAGUGUUAGGAUUGUUGUUUCCUUUAACAUUCACCAGGGCAGCAAAGAUCCCUGACAAAAGCAGGAAUAUUGGAAAACAUCAAAGUUGUUUUUGGCAGUAGCUAGCUGUAGGCUCCUCCAGAGCAGUUUGACUGUGGUAGAUAAUCGGUCUGUAUUCCUGCAGAGAGGAUCUCAGUGGUAGCUGCAGAGAUACUGUCCUACAUGUUGUUCCUUUUAUUUUGAGAAAAUGAUCCAUUUUCCUACCAGAACAGCCCGAUAGGGUGCAAUUGCUCAGGAGUUUCUUUCCUUUAGUUCUGUAUGGAAGGCCAUUUAUAAAGUACGAUAAUUUGAAAAGCUGUUGGGAGCUAGAAGUAGGCAGAAAAUUAUACCAUGUCAUGUCCUCUGUAACAGUUUGUGACAGGCUGAUCAUUGCUGUGCCCGUGACACUGCCACACAGCACUAGUGAGUGCAUAAAUUAAGUGCUGAGUGUCACUGAAGUUAAUCAUGAGCUCUGCUAUUCAUGGACAGGGGCAGUAGCAUUUUCAGGGAUCAACUCCUGCUGUCCUGUUCUUAAAUACCUGUUUUCAUAAUACAUAAAGAGAUUGUUGUAAUAUAUCCCACUGAGUGUUUUUUAUAACUGUGGAUAUCUUUCUGGAUCUGUCCAAAAGUUGCAGGUUGAGCCUGCAAGCAUAACAAGUUUCCUUGUAAUUCUGUGCAUAUGUUAGCAUAUUUCUCUUUCUGUACACAUUUCACAUAGAGUUUGUGAAGGAGUAAUGGUACUGUAGAGAAUGAAAUCUAGCUUCAGUGUUUUUAUUACUUUGGAAUCUUACAAUGACCCAUAACUUCAUGCAGUUGUCAACUGUAGGACCUUCCUUUAAGAGAUUUAGAUUUCUGUUGAGACCCAUUGCCAGCACAGUAAAACAAAGGGUGACCAGUCAAAACACGUAUACUUUGGCGCAAGAAAUCCCCGUGGCUCAGCCUGCCAGCCUGCAUUCUCUGCAUUGUUUAUGCCUUCAAGAUACAUCAAGAUUUUGUCAACCCAUUUUCUUUCUGGGGUCCUCCGUGCAGCCUAGCCCAUGCUUACCGAUUGCUUGUGUUCUUAUGGCUAGAUAUUCAUGGUUGCUGUCCACGUGGGGUGUAAAAAUGAGCUGCUUGGGAACAGUGUGAGGUAGGUGGAGUUGGAGGGAUGACUUUUAGACUUUUUUGAGCUACCGAAUGCCUAAUGUGCUGGAUCUAUGGGUGUGCUUUACUCUUUCAAGAAGAAGAAAAAUCUAAAAUGUCUUUUUAAGCAGAUUGCAAGGCAACAUGGAAGUCUUUACUUUUAAGGUUGACGGGGUGUUUUACUUCAGUGGCAUCUGUGAUGUCUUUUUUUCUGACCACACUGUAGCUUAUUUUAGUAGCCCAUUUAGGGUAAUCGUUAUACAAACUCCUUUCUAUUACUUCCAAAAACCAGCUUUCCUGGCCUCAGUGAUAAUUGUACCAACCUUUACAAAUGCGAAUUAGUUGUUGAGCAAUUUAAAAUAAUAUGGAAAAAAUGCACUUAAAUUACGGUAAAAGUAAAUGAAAUUUAAGGAAAAGAUUACAUUGAUAUAUCUAAAAAGACAAACAAGUCCUGCAGUGUAGCCAAGCCUUUACCUGUGUCAGUAAAGAUUUGUGGAAUACCUUAUCUGAGUCAGUUGACCUUAUUGUCAGAAACUGCCCUUGAAUCUGUUACUGAAUUAUUUAACAUUUGUUCUUUUGUUUUUAAAGCAAGAGUCAAUGCAAGGUAUCAUUUUAAAUCAGCGUGCUAAAGUGUGCAUAUUCUGUAUAUCUAAUAUGUCAUUGUUGUCUCUUGUUUCUGUAAUGCAUUUGCAUUACUAUGAAUCAAUUUUAUUAUGCUUCUCUAGAGACUAUUGCUGCCUGCACGCUGUGAUAUAUUUGCACUGUUGUAGAUAUAUAUAUAUAUACUUAUAUAUAAAUAUAUUAUAUAAACCAUGUCUUUUCCAGGUUGCUUGUUACCUUUGUAGUUUACGCUUACCGGUACGGUGGACCUGAGUAAAAAUGUGGGAUGUGGGGCAUUCUGAUGAUAUAUUACAAUAAUAGACAAAUCUUUGUAUAUUUCUGUAUACUUAAUACCCAUAAGAAGAGAUUUGUAUGUGCAUUAUUUUCCAAACUAGGGCUUUGUUUUCUGAGACUAGAGAACAUUUAUGAUAAUGUAACAAAAAAAAUUCAAAUAAAGUGUUAUUAUUUUCAGACA